GCAAGGCCAUCCAUCCCCCGAAAGUAGCAAUCAGCAAGCUACAAAAGUACCUGUUCAUGUUGAUCACUGAUAGGUGACAAAUGCCUGUCGCUCGCUGCCUUGCGCAGCGUGCGUAAGCUCACGUGCAGUCGUCGUCAACCACGACAAACGGACAAUUAUCUUGAUCAGUUGAUCCCCAUCCACUGCAGCGACUUGGCUUCCAAGACGAUGCAAACAGCUCACUUCUAACUAAUCGUCCGUCUCCCCCAUGGCUUGUCUCAACGACAAUACAUUCGGUCCCGCGGUGCGAGGAUGUCGCGGCGACUUUGACUUUACGCAACGGUUCGAGGAAAUCGUGCUGGCAUUGGUGCCUGCAGCCAUCCUCAUCGGCUUGGGGCUGGUGCGCUGCAGCGUGCUACUGAGACAGCCCAAGGUCAUCGAGGGUCGAUUGUUUCAAUGGCUCAAAAUCGUGGUGGCUGUGUCGUUGACUGCGACGCAAUUAGGCCGUGUCGUACUGACCACGCAGGGUGAUCACCAUGUGUCCUCCACGAGACUGGCGGCGGAAAUCGUACAACUGUUCGUAUAUGCCGUUAUUAUUGCAUUAUCACAUCUGCAGCAUGCACGGAGCCAGAAACCGUCCAUGAUACUUGAAUGGUUCCUCUCCGCCACAAUCUUCUGCGACAUCACGCGCACGAGGACGCUCUGGCUUGCUGCAUCAGACGGCGCAUCGCGCUAUGACGCCCAUCUCCUCGCGGCAUCGACCGCCCUCAAGGUCGUCCUACUGCUUCUGGAGUCACGGCAAAAGUCUCAAUGGCAGAUUGACACCAAGGAGCGCAGCCCCGAGGAAACGAGCGGCUUCUUCAGUUUGUCUGGCUACGCGUGGCUCAACAGGCUGCUCUUCAAUGGCUACCGUCGCGUACUGGACCUCGAUGAUCUGUACGUGCUUGACGAGGACAUGACCACUGAUCGCCUGAGAACGCGGUCCAAUGCGCACUUUGAGAACCAGGGCGCGUCAAAGUACUGGCUCACUCGCAAGCUGUUCCACAGUCUGCUCGUGCCAACAAUCCUGCCCGUCGUCCCACGAUUGGCCAUGACAGGCUUCACAUUCUGUCAACCAUUCCUCAUCGAAGCAUUGCUGGACAACUUGCAAUCCUCGUCGCCCUCUUUGAACUCAGGAUACGCUCUGAUCGGCGCCACGUUCCUCGUCUACGUCGGCAUCGCUAUAUCCAACGCAAUCUACUUCUACUGGCAAGAGCGCAUGGUCACUAUGAUGCGCGGUCUUUUGGUGAGCGCCAUCUACCGCAAGACGAUCGCUCUGCCCACGACAGCCGUCUCCGACUCGGCCGCCUUGACACUGAUGAAUGCUGACAUUGAGCGCAUCACAAUCGGAUUCAAGCCAUUGCAUGAGUACUGGGCCAAUACUAUCGAGGUCGGCCUGGCCUGCUGGCUGCUCCAGGCGAAAAUCGGCAACGCCUUUGUAGCGCCUAUUGUCGUUGUAACGAUCUGCAUCAUUCUCACAGCCGGCGUGGCCUCGGUGAUAGGGAAACGUCAACGCGAAUGGAUGACUGCCAUCGAGGCGCGUGUCGCGGCCACGUCAUCUAUGCUCGCCAACAUGAAGCCGCUGCAGAUCUCUGGUAUGCUGAGCCCAGUGCAGAAGAUGGUUCAUCAGCUGCGCCUCGACGAGCUGCGCGUCGGCAGCCGAUGGCGAUAUAUGCUGCUCGUCGCGGUCAACCUGGCGUACACGCCCGAAACCAUUGGACCUCUGAUGGCGUUUGCGUUCACGGAUCGAACACUUGGUGUCAUUCGAAUUUUCUCGGCCAUGGCUUACAUUACUCUGUUGACCAUGCCCCUGUCCAGGCUCUUCCAGGACGUGCCCAAGACGGUCUCCGCAUUUACUUGUCUCGGGCGCAUCCAGGCCUUCCUGGACCUUUCGGAUCGGGUUGACGCGCGCAGGAUUCCUUAUGAAACCAGUGCCUCUGAAGAGUCUGAAAAGGAGGCGGAGAAAGCGGCCGCUGUGCAAAUUGUCAAUGGUAGUUUUGGCUGGUCAGAAGGAACAUACGCCCUGCGGAACGUCGAUCUGAAGAUACCCUCUUCCUCGCUCACCGUUGUUCUGGGACCUGUUGCGUCAGGUAAAUCUACCCUGCUCAGAGGCUUGCUGGGAGAGACCCCCUUCAGCGCGGGCACUGUCCACUUGAGCUCUUCGCACCGCAGUAUUGCCUACUGUGACCAAGAGCCUUGCUUGUCGACAAACACCCUUCGCGCCAACAUCAUCGGUCAGAAACCCUUUGAUGCAAAGAGAUACCAGCGGGUGCUGCACGCCACAGCUCUCCAUAUUGAUGUGACCCUGCUUCCCAACGGCGACGAGACCAGAGUGGGCUCCAGCGGCGCAACGUUGAGUGGUGGACAGAAGCAGCGUGUGGCGUUGGCUCGCGCGUUGUACAUGGAUGCCGGGCUUCUCCUCCUCGACGACAUCCUGAGUGGUCUGGACGCUUCGACGGCAGCACACGUCUUUCGCUACGCGUUGGGACCGCAGGGUCUUCUCAGCGAGGAGGGGAAAACGACAAUCUUCUGCACACACGAUGAGAGAUACGUAGCCUUUGCCGACACGGUCGUGGUGCUUGGCGAGGGCGGCGUUGUCGCGGCCAAUGGCACCUUUGACGACCUGGCCAGCCAGGGGUACUUCCCCAAGGUGAAAAAGAGCGCACAAGAGCUAUUGAACGAAGGCCCGCCGACCAUCGAUGAGUCGUCCGUGGAGGUCGCCAAGCAGGAAACCCAGGAAGACAAUGCUGUGGCGCGAGAUGCCUCCCGAAAGGUGGGCGAUUUCGCCGUGUACCGCACUUACUUCUCCAGCAUGUCUCUCUGGGUCCUCAUCGUCUUUGUCUUUGCCUGCGUCUGCGAUGGCUUCAUCUUCAACUUUCCCAACGUCUGGCUCAAGAUCUGGUCCGAGGACGUGGCCAGCCCGAAUCCCGCCCAGCCCAACGCGUUCUACAUUGGCAUCUAUGGACUGCUACAGGUCUCUUGCCUCGUGGUUCUCACCAUCAUCGUGCUUCUUUGCACGCAGACGAUGAUCUCUCAGUCUGGCUUGGUCAUGCACGCGAGCGUCCUUCACGCUGUGUGCCACGCGCCCUUGGCCUUUCUGGGCAUAGCAGACAGGGGCGUCAUCAUCAACCUGUUUGCUCAAGAUAUGACGCUGAUCGAUAGCGAGCUACCAAUAUCUCUCAUCAACUUUACCGCCAACUUCUUCGGGGGCCUCGGAGCCGCGGCUGUCAUUGCUUCGUCCUCGCCAUGGCUCGCCAUUAGCUACCCGUUGCUGUUCGCCGUGCUAUGGGCCAUACAAAUGUUCUACCUUCGCACCUCCCGACAGAUUCGCCUCUUGGACUUGGAGGCCAAAUCGCCUCUUUUCACCCACUUUAUGGACACGAUUGCGGCGCUGCCCACGAUACGCGCUCAUGGACAGGUCGAAGCGUCCAUCGUCACCAACGACUUCCUCCUCAAUCGUAGUCAACGCCCCGCGUACCUCCUGUACAUGAUCCAGCGAUGGCUGCAGAUUGUCCUCCGCUUUCUCGUGGCCGGUCUGGCCACCGUUGUCGUGGCGCUUGCCACGCAGACCCGUGCCAACUCUGGUCUGGCCGGUGCUACGCUCAUCACAUUGAUGAACUUUGGCGACAUGCUGGCGAGCAUGGUCAUAGCUUACACGCAGCUCGAGACCAGCAUCGGUGCCGUCGCGAGACUGCGAUCCUUUGCCUCCUCGACCCCUGUGCUGUCAGAACCUGAGAAUCAAUACCCCCCUGAGGCCAACUGGCCCCAGUACGGCAACAUCAAGAUCGAGAACGUGUCGGCUUCCUACAAGGGGUCCAGUUCAGAGAACAAGGAUGAGCUCGCACUGAAAAGUCUCACCAUGGAUAUCCGCGCUGGCGAGCGUGUCGCGCUCUGUGGCCGGACAGGGAGCGGCAAAUCGUCACUCGUCCUCCUACUCCUCCGCCUGCUCGAUCCUAUGGAGCAGAGCAAUUCUUCCAUUACCGUCGACGAUCUCGAGCUCACCAGCGUAGCACGCGAAACUGUUCGUAAACACGUCAUUGCUGUCUCGCAGGACCCCAUUUUCCUCCCGCCUUCGCAAUACUCGACCAUCCGCACCAAUCUCGACCCCUAUGAGGAAGCCACAGACGAUGAGAUCCACGAGGCUCUGCGACGCGUCAAUCUCAACUUCCUCGUUUCCCCAAAGAACGGUGAUCUGCACAAGGGCCUUGACGAACAUUUCUCCAUCGACCUCCUCAGUCAAGGCCAGCGGCAGCUCUUCAGCUUCGCCCGUGCUGUCGUGCGUCAACUCGUCCGUGGUCGGCAUGGUGUGUGGCAGGGCAUUCUGCUGCUUGAUGAGAUAUCCUCGAGCGUGGAUCAGGAGACGGACGAGAAGAUGUGGAAGAUUAUCGAGGAUGUCUUCAAGGGGUACACGACUAUUAUUGUGGCGCACCGUCUGGACUGGGCGGCCAUGUGCGAUCGGGUCGUCGUCAUGCGCGCGGGUCAGAUUGCGGAGGUAGGAGCCCCGAUGGCUCUGAUCGAGCAAGAAGGAGGGAUGUUUAAGGAACUGUGGGAUGCGCAAAGGCAGAAGAAGUGAGGAUUGGAUGGUCUCAGCUGAGGGUCCGGAGUGGUGGGAUGGUUCGUUUGAGAUAUGAAGCAAGCGCGAUCCGCGUAUGUGCGUACGUUACAUUAGUCAUUCACUCUGAACUCUCGAAGAAAGAGACUGACCU